AUGCACCUUCACCACGCAUUGCAAGGAUUCGCGACACGCAGGCUCGUCUCAGGCAUGGCCGCGCCAGGUGUAGACGAGAAAGGCCCGUUCACAGAGAAGGACCUCGAAGCAGCUGCAGCCGAUGUUACAACAAUCACGUCCAACAACAAGACAAAUAAGGAAGCAGUAAUCCGGCUGCAGGCAGCGAGGGCGCGUAUAGACAGCGUCAUUGGCGCCAACAAACCACCGUUCUGGGAUCAGGUUGCCACCCACAAGGUUCUGAUCGUGACCGCCUUUCUCACGAUCGUGGGUAUGGCUGGGUCAGCGCUCGGGUUAGUGGCGGGUUAUGCGGCGGAGAAGGACCGGGCCGCGAUUGUGCUGGCCGGCGCACUGCUGAGCCUGGUGGGCAACUUUGUGAGCUCGGCGACCGGCAUCUUUGUAACGCCUCCGACCCUUGGCAAAAAACCAUAAGUACUAGCUCAGGUUAGGUUACAGCUAGGUAGGAUAAGGUCAGGGCCCAAGGAACGGGUGGGGUUAGGG